AUGGCGGCCAACAUGGAGGCCUUCCGGGACGGUCUCAUCACCAAGAUAGACUCAAUCAUCGCUGAGCUGGAACCUGAUCAGAUCAGCCAUACAGAAACGCAGAUUCAGAUUGAGGCCACCGUGAUACCUCGGCGUCACACACGCCAAAUUCGUCGGAAGACCUUCGUCCUAGGGACUCUCGAUGUCGGCCAGUGGCAAUCAUCCUCGCCCAGCCGCACAUCUCAGUCCACGAGUCCGUUUCUGUCCCGAGUGACUACGUCGCCUGUUACCAGCCGACAGAGCGAAGGGAAACAGGUGCUGAUAUCGACCACGAUUCCUGGUCCCGAAGGCAACGACUCUGUCGCACCUGCUACUGCCAACGUGAACGCCAACGAAGGACGAGCUCGCCGUAAAGCCGUGGGCGGACUCCACAUCAGCGGCACCACACCGCAACGGACACCUUCGCCGGAAGGGACUCGGCAACUUCAAACAGAUCAGCGAAACUUUCCGAAACGUCGCAAGAUUGACGAUGGCCCAGCAAAGCUGCAACCAUCUACAGUGGACAAGCUCAUCGAGGGUAUCUGGGAACAGAUCCAUACACCCAACAUUCUCGUCAUCCCGCCUGAUAUCUCGGACAUCAUACGUCCUUUGCAACCUGCAGCAAACCUCUCGCUGAACUUCACAGACGUCAGCCGUCGAUGUCGUAUCUUGACCGGAAUCAGUCGGACAGCACGAUCCAUCGAAGUCAUGAUGCAGGCACAUUGGGUUGACUGCUUCUUUGCACGUAUUGACUCCAUGAAGGAGCAAAGACCAGACCUUCGUCUACACGAGCACAAGAAGCUUGUCAUGACAGAAGCAUGUGCUACUUUUGAAUGGUCUGAGAAAGACCUCCGGAAUCGCAUGGGCAUCUGGAAGGGCUACCGCGAGAUCAAAGAUGUUGCAGGUUGGACGGCACUCACGUUUGCGGGACCUGGCAUCUAUCGCUUCUGCAAGUACAGAAUGGGCUUUGACGACGAUGCGCUGGCCAAGCUGCGAUCCAUGAAAUCUCGGUUCGAAGUGGCUGCCGAUACGCUGCAGCCACAGUGGCGGCAGACACUCAGCCUUGUCGGCGUCUCUACACAGCGGACGUAUCGCGGCCAUCCUCAUGACUGGGUUGUCUCGAAGAAGAAAGAUCCCGUGCCUCUAUCUUGGACGUAUCGUCAUCAGCAACGCCCAUUCGUCUUCGAGCAGAUCCGGGCGUCGGUCGUCGAUCAAGAGAAAUGGGGCGAGUACGAUCCACGAAGGGUCGAGAGCGGACCAUUCUACCUAUGCACACUGUGUUCGAAGCCUCAAUCCGAACUCACCGAGAAGAAUGAGUGCGAGUGCUUCGCCGACCUCUUCGGUCCCAAUGCGAACGCGCUCUGCCCAGUGCAAGUCAUCAACAACGACGACGGUCGAAACAACGGCUUGAUUGCAUGCUGCACGUUCGAUCGCGGCUCGCCGAUCGGCGAGUUCGUCGGCUUGGUGACGAAAGAUCUGCAGGACGUCGAUGUGGUCCAGGGACAGGGUCUAGCUGGUGUCGACUACCAGAUCUUCCAGGGCCGAAUGGGGAACUAUACACGGUUCAUAAAUCAUAGCUGCAAUCCGAACAGUCAGCUGGAGCAGUUCACCUGGCUUGGUGUUCAAAGGACGGUUGUGGUGUCGAAGGGUGUAGCUGCGGGUAAGGAGGUUACGAUGGACUACUCGAGUCGCGUCGACGAGGACAAGAAGGUCGACAAUGCGCAAGCGUCUACCCUCAGCAGCGAGCUCCUAGGCCACAUAGGCGUCUCGUCCUUCAUCAUAGGCACUUUCUUUCCGCACAUCGCGAAAUGGCUCGCAAAGCAUCCCAGGCUCGUCCGCUGUCUAUCGGUUCCAUUCGCUCUGUGGCUGGGGUACGAAUUUCUAGUCGGCAAGGCGGCCUCUAUAUGGGCGAAUGUUAUGUCAACAUGCAUGAGCUCCGUCGACAUCGUCCCCAACGACACUGCUAUGUACAGCGGUCUCGUGACUUUCCUGGCUAGCAAGCGACUCCUCAUGAAUCAACGCUACAUGAGUGCUGUCACUCUCAACUAUUUGCGCGGCGAAGCAUCCGAUGUAGGGAUCUACGAAAGUCAAGUUGCCGCUGGCGAAGACAUCUUCAUCGAUGCAAACAAUAAUUUCCAGUUCUCCUGGCACGAGCGCCGGCUCUACUGCCUCACGAUCGAGAAAUGGCUCACUCGGCAACUGCCCCAGAGAAUGACUAUCUGGACCUUCGGGUUCUCGCCUGAUCCGAUCAUCAAGCUGCUACGUCAAGCAUACAUCGAUCGAGAGCUUAAGAACGGCAAAGUGAUGACACAGAUCAUGGCCCAAAAUUGUGGUUCAUGGUCCCAGCGCGGAACUAAACCAAUACGUCCACUCAGCAGCGUCUGUCUUGCUGAUGGCCUGAUUAAGAGUGUGAUCGACGAUGUCGCCGCAUAUCUUGACCCUGAGACAGCUCAAUGGUUCAGAUACCGCUCAAUUCCUUAUCGUCGCGGAUACCUCUUUCAUGGUCUGCCGGGCACAGGCAAGACCAGUCUUGCUAUGGCUAUCGCAGGGCGCUUUGGCAAGCAGAUCCAUGUCCUCUCACUUCUUGACCAAGGCGUUACCGACUACUAUCUGCCUUAUCUCUUCCGCUCGGUCGGCAAAGGCGACAUCAUCCUUCUAGAAGACGCGAAGCGAAAAAUCCUGCUCUCCGGACCUCCGCUGUCACACCUCUUGAAUGUUAUCGACGGCGCCAGUGCUCCAGAAGGUCAUGUCCUCAUCAUGACCACCAACGAACCAGACAGUCUCGACGACGCUCUGAUUCGUCCUGGACGAAUCGACAUGAAGGUGCCAUUCACUUGCGCUGAUCAGAGCCAGAUUCGCCGGAUCUUCCUCAACAUGUAUGCGUCAGAAAGUGCUGUGGAGGUUGCGGGAGGAAACCGCUAUACAAAUGGCAAUGGCGAGUCGAUCAUCCAAGGCACGGACGGCACAUUCGACAAACCCGCUAGCAAAACAGACUCUGGCUCCAGCACCGUUCUCGAUGAGGACGACGAAGCAGGUGCAAAGGCCGAGGACCAUCAGAACAUGCACCUCACCGAGAUUGAGCGUUUAGCUGAGCUGUUCUCUACAAAAGUGCCGGAGGGAUCUUUCACAAUGGCGCAGCUCCAGGGCUUUCUGCUCUAUCACCGGGGCCUUCCGCACCGUGCGCUUGAGGAAGUGGAACGGUGGGUGGAGAAAAGCUUACAGGAGGCGCACGUCAAGGAGCAGAUCAAGAAGUCGAAGAAUCCAGGGACGAGUCAGGGGGCGGAGGAUCAGCGUGUGGAAGCUGAGGAGAAGUCAGAGAAGGACCGACGAAGCCAAGUCCCCCACCAUCAACAGCAGACCCAGCAACCCGCACAGCAUACCACAUCGCCAACCCACCCCCACCCCCCAGUCCCCGCCUACCUCUCCACCACCACCACCAGUACCUCGCCCCUCAAAGUUGAUUCGGAGCUCUACACCAGAAUCCAGUCCUCGCCGCGUGCUUCCGCGCCAAUAACAUCAUUCACCCUCCCCAUCCGCUCCGGCCGCGCCUUCCCCGUCCCCGCCGGCCACAUCUUCCGCAUCAGCACCCCCGAGGGCCCGCAAGUUGGCGAUCUCAACAUCUGGAGCUUACACAACCCGCGCGAGCGGUUUUGGGCGAGCCGGACACGACAAUUGCAUGCUAGUCACCUGACCACAGGGGAUCGACUAUGGUCGAACCUGCCGUACUUGCGUCCGCUGGCGACGAUCAUCGCGGAUUCGUUGGGGUGGUACGGCGACGACGGCAGCGGGACUGGGCAGGAGGAGGACGGCAAGAGGGGCUUUGGCGGGCGAUGUCACGAUUUACUCGGCACGCGAUGCGAUCCGUACGUCAAUGUGCUUCUGAGCGGCGAAGCCGGUAGCUAUGACUAUCACUGCCACUCGAAUCUUACGCGGGCGGUGCUUCCCUUCGGCCUCAACGAGAGCGACGUGCACGACGUGCUGAAUAUAUUCCAGAUCACGGGGUUGAAUAGCGAGGGGAGGUAUUUCAUGCAGCCUAGUCCCGCGCAGAGGGGGGAUUAUAUUGAGUUCUUGGCGGAGACGGAUCUGUUGGUUGCGUUGAGUACGUGUCCUGGUGGGGAUUUGAGUGUGUGGGGAUUCGGACAGGAUGAGGCCAUGCGGGAGAUUUGUCGGCCGUUGAAGGUGGAAGUGUGGGCGUUGGAAGAUGGGGGUUUUUUGGAGAGGGAGGGCUGGAGGGAGAGUCGGGUUGUUAGGGGGUAUAAGGGGAAUCAUGGGAUGAGUGUGCCCUUAGGUGAGUCUCAAGCAUCGACGAGGGCUGUAUGA